UUUUGUUUUUGGGCGUUUCGGAGAGAGAGAGAGAAAAGAGAUUGAUUUUGCUUGUGGUGAGAGAAGAUCGCAUCGUGUGGGUAGCGUUUCAAACAAGUAAAAAAAAAAGUUUCUGUCACUUUCUCGGGAAAACGCAUGUGUUAAGAAGGAAAAUUUGUGAGAAGAGGUUUUGGUGUGAGCCAUUCUUUUUUGCGUUUGUUUUUUUUCUUUCCGAUCUCGCAAUUACCGGUUUAUUCGCCGGGAAAUUUACCGUAAUUUAUUUCUUUUGAGGGGAUAAUCGUCUAGAAACUGAAGAUUGGGGGUUAUAAAGCUUGCGAGUUACUUUACAGGAGCCAUUGAAACAAAAGCUUAUUUCGUGUGGCAAUCACAUUAUCGUGUUAUGCAUUCUGAGAAAUGGUGUCGCACAAGUGUGUAGAAGAAUUUGAAUACAAAGGCUACCAGUUACCUCCCAAUGCAAGAGCACCAAGAUCAGCGCGGAAGAGGCGCAGCUUCGAGAAGAAGAUAAGUGAAGAUGACCAAAUGUGUGCCAUUGAUUUAUUGGCCACCGUAGCUCAAAACAUGCUGUUUGAGAACGAAGGUUCUCUCAUGUCUAUCGACAAACCGGUUAAUGGGAUCGAAGAUGAUCGUGUCGUUACACGAACCAGUGUAAAGGAGGAAAUCUCGAUGGAAGAAAAACCCUUAAACCCAGUAACUUUGCCCGUGGACAAUCCUUAUCAUGGAUCAAUGAGCACUUUCGGAUUCAGCUCUGUGAUAAAUGGCAAAGUAGAGAAUGAGGCAGAGGGUUUUAGCAACUCUGGUGGUAGUGAUUCUUGUCAAGUCGAGAACUUUGGUGAGGAUUUAAAACCGGGUAUAGAUGGCGAUGCAGUAGUUCUGGACGCGAGACCUAAUGUCGUAGUUAGUUUAGGUAGUAGUAGUAGAACCAAAGUGCCUUCAAUGGGGACUUGUGCUUCCCGUGGCGCUCAGGAUGAUGUAAAUUUGUUUAGUAGAGAUGAUGACGAAAACUUUUCUGGGUAUAUUUGCCCUCGUGUGACCAAAAAGUCACCUAGGUCUGUGCCGCGUAUUGGGGACAGAAGAAUCAGGAAGAUAUUGGCUUCUAGACACUGGAAAGGAGGUUCAAGACAUUCAGAUGCGAAACCAUGGAGAAAUUAUUACUUGCACCAUCAGAGGAGCUAUCCUAUCAAGAGAAAGAGACACUUUGACCACAUUUCUGAUUCAAUCUCUGAAGAUUAUCGUAUGCGCAGUAAGAUGCAGAGAGGCAGCAGAACAGUUUCUUCGAUGAAAGGUCAAGGUGCGUCCUUUGUGUCAAGCGGCUCUCAUGUGAGAUUGCGGAUCAAGUCGUUCAGGGUACCUGAGCUUUUCGUAGAAAUUCCAGAAACUGCUACUGUUGGCUCCUUGAAGAGAAUGGUGAUGGAAGCAGUGAACAGUUUAUUGAGUGAUGGACACCGAGUUGGUCUGAUGGUUCAAGGAAAGAAAGUCCGAGAUGAUAGCAAAACCCUUCAUCAGACUGGGAUCUCUCAGGAGAACACCCACUUGAACUGUCUUGAUUUCAGCCUUGAACCAAGCUCAGACACGCCUCAACUGUUAACUAGUAACCCGUUGGGACAUAUCUGCGAGGAACUGCCUAUGUGCCAUACUUCUAGCAUGGACAAAGUGUUUAAAUCUGACCAUGACGCAGCACUGUUCCCAGCUGAGUCGUUUGGCAAGAAAACUGCGACAGAUGAUUCUAAAGUUCUGGUUCCUCUCGCGCUCAGUGAACUUUCUCCUCGACCGCCUUGUCAUAAAUCUAAAAGGAGUGAGCAGCGGCAGCAGCAGGCUGCACAACGCAGAAUUCGUCGACCUUUCUCAGUUGCUGAAGUAGAAGCACUUGUUCAAGCAGUUGAGAAACUCGGUACUGGAAGGUGGCGAGAUGUUAAGCUUCGUGCUUUCGAAGAUGCAGAUCACCGCACUUACGUUGAUCUCAAGGACAAAUGGAAAACGCUGGUCCACACGGCUAAGAUAUCUCCACAACAGAGGAGAGGAGAGCCAGUGCCUCAGGAACUUCUAAACCGGGUCUUGAACGCUCAUGGCUACUGGUCAGACCCAGUUCUGGGUAGAACCCCAUCAACAUCAACCAUUUGCUUGGGGCAGUAGAUUUUAAAAUUUUAAUUUAGGGACCAUUGGGUUAAGAUAGUUUGUAUGAUACUGUUAUUUGCUAGUGCGCAGCAUGACUCUGUUUCUCAUAUAUUUGCAUUGCUACUAAAGAUUGUUCUUGACCAAUUUAGGGAGAUGAUUUUUUUGUACAGUUUUUUUUUUUUGUACAACAUCUUUUGUUACAUUUUCAAUCUCUAUAUGUCUUUCA